AUGGAAGAUCCUCGAAGGCGUCCCGCCGGCGCGCCGCCUUCCCGCGGUCCGGCUGGCCCUUCUCCCGUCCGCAAUCCCGGGGGAAGCCCCAUGACUAGCAAUGCCUCUCGGCGCGGCCCGUCCAGCACUACUGGCGCCGGCGGCGGAGGCGGCGGGAGCUCAGCGGGCCGCGGGAGAGCGCGGCCGCUCAGGGGAACUUCCGGCACUUCCGCUCCGCCAGCUCAAAGGGGCGGGGGGGGCCCUGUCGCAGCUCCGCCAGCUAAGUCCGCCGCCGCAGGCAGGGGCGCGAGGAGUGGGAAAGGUUUGCGCAUGCGCCCGGCGCGCCCGCGCGUGCAGUUGCGGAAGUACCCCGGAUUAAAGCCCGCCAUAUCGAGCUAUAGUAAGCUACGCGCGCGCGCCACGGGACAGCUCGUGGAGCCGAAAAAGCGCCUGCGGUUCAGCGAUAAGGUGGAGGUUGCCACGUGGGACGCUGACGUGGACGACGAUCCCGGCGCCAACUUAGCAGCAGCUGCUGCCUCAAGUUUACCCGCUAAUAGCAAGAGGCUUUUUCUCCGAAAUGUGCUUCUCGGCGCCGCGGAAAGUAUCAACGACGCUGCGGGAGGUUUGUUCGGGCAGUCCAAAAGGGAGCUUCCUAAGGAUCUGCCCACAGAGUUUGUCCGAGACGCUCCGAGAUCGAAGGAGUUAAAGAAGGCUUAUAAAAAGGAGAUGCGCGCGCGGGGCGACAGUGAUUAUGCUAAGAAGGAGCACCGACCAAGGACCAAGAAGGACGGCGAAACGCGAGAGCGGAAGGCGGUCGCUGGCGGGCAGACAACAAAUAAAGGAGCGGGCAGGGGAAAACCCGGCGACAGGUCCGUUUUAUCCAGCGGGGCGCAGUCUUUCGGGCAGCUUGAAACGAAGUCGGAUCGGGCAGCACUGGAAAAGAACGUCAUGGGGACCGGUAGCAGGAGCUUGAAGGUGGAAGGCGCAGGGGGAACGGCUGGGGGCGCGGGAGGGGAGCUAGGAGGGGGGAAGGGAGCGAAAUUGCUGUCGGGGAGCUUGGUUCCUAGAGACCCGCGGACUGCUUCGGCUGCCGCUGCGGCAGUGGCGGCUGCGGCGGCGGCAGCGGGGGCUGCGACUGCCGGCGCUGUUUCCGCCGGCGCUGCUGCUGGCGCUGCUGGUGAGAGUGGCCUUGACGAUAAGGAGGGGGCCGCGGAGGGGAUUGAGGAGAAAGUGAAGGUGGAAGGGGAGGAAGAAAGAGUGAGAGAUAACGACGAUAGUGAUGUGAGCGAUAGCGAUAGUGAUAGUAGUGAUGAUGAUGAUGACGAGGAUGAGGAUGGGGAGGAAAAAGUACAAGGGGUCUGGGUAGACGAGGAUGUAGAGUUGUCGGAAGGGGAGGAAGACGAGGAAUGGGGAGAAGAAGGGGUGGAGCAAGGCCAGCUGGAUGCUGACGUGGCACCUGCUGCUGGCAGCCACGUGGCAGCAUGGGACGGCAUGGAGGUGAAGAGGUUGGGAGAGAGGGAAGCGGAGGAAGGGGGAAGGGGAGGGAAAGGGGGGGUAUCUGCGGAGGGCGGAAGCCCCAGGUGCAUCCGCAGUCCCUCCCCCAUAGGCGCGCCGCUUUCCCCCCGAGGGGCGCAGCUUUCCCCCCGAGGGGCGCAGCCUUCUCCCCGAGGGGCGCAGACUUCCCCCCGAGGGGCGCAACCUUUCCCCCGCGGGGCGCAGCCGUCUCUGCAGAUGGGCGCCACUGCAGUGGGAGUGGAGGCGUUGACGCUGGCAGAUAACGACAAAAAGCAGGUACGGAUGGGGGGAGAUGGGGGAUGA